AAGGAAAGUGGUGGCACAUGGUUCGUUCACUGUCUUACCGCCAAAAAGCCCUUAUUUAAUUUCCUGAAGAAAUACUGAUUAGCCUGCGGCAGGUCGCUGAAGCAGAGUGUCAUGGAACAGACUGGAAAAAGGUGUAAAUAUCUUUGCAUUGUCUCAGUAAAGACAGACCAGAAGACAGAAAUGAUGCCAGAAUCCUGUUGAUGGGACCUAAAAGUGUUUAUUAUAGUCUUGGACCAAACUACCAAACGCAUAAUCAGAAUCUUGAAUUGAAGAGUGCUAAAUUCAUCUCAGUGUCAGAUUGGCAGCCUGAGUGCUGAGAGCUAUCGGCCUGCUCAGGCUGUAUCUGUAUGGAAGGGAAUGGGGAAACUGGCUGCCUGCAAUAAUUACACGCUACUGGCAUGGAAAAGGAGCACUGUCAUCGUGUUGCUGGUUGUACAGCUGUGCUGCUCACAAGUAUGGGCCCAGUGUCGGAUUCUGAGGUGCAACUCAGAGUUUGUAGCCGCCACCUUGGAUCUAGGGGGUAAUGGGGGCCGGGAGGGGGGCAACGCCGGGUACUGCAGUGCCCUACGCUCCUACGCCCUGUGUACCCGGCGGACAGCGCGAGCCUGUCGGGGAGACCUGGCCUACCACUCGGCCGUGCAGGGCAUCGAGGACCUUCUCAUCCAGCACCGCUGCCCAAAGACAGGCCCCACCGCCCAGCCUCGGCCCCCACCACAGGCUCCGCUCUCCGGGGACGCCUGCUGCUACGAGAGGGCUUACCAGCAGCGGGAAGGCCGCGCCCCCGAGUACAUCCACUGCGGGGUGUUCGGUGACCCCCAUGUUCGCACCUUCCGGGAUGAGUUCCAGACCUGUGCGGUGCAAGGCGCCUGGCCACUGAUCGACAAUGAGUACCUUUACGUGCAGGCCACCAGCGCACCAAUGAGAGGGGGGGUAUAUGCCACAGCCCUUACUAAGAUCACCAUCAUCUUUAAGAACUGGCGUGAGUGCAUUGAGCAGCAGAUCUACCAGGCGGAGCUGGAUGAUGUGCCUCCCGCCUUUGUGGACGGCUCUGUGACUGGCGGGGAGCGGCGGGGACACCACAGCCUGCAGGUGCGCACCCAGGCCCCCGGGCGACACGCUGAGAUCUGGGCCGCUCACAUCGGGACGACUCUGGUGGUACGCCAGAGCGGGCGCUCCCUGGGCCUGUCGGUCCGCGCCCCCCGGGCCAUCGUGGACACCUACACCCCCGAGCAGGACCUGCAGCUUUGCGUGUGGGGCUGCCCUGCAUCCCAGCAGCUGGCCCGCCCCGCGGCCCAGCCCUCCACCAGCGCCCACGCCCACUGCUCCACCCUCCUGCCCGUACAGGACGUCUACUUCCAGGCCUGCGUGUUCGACCUCCUGGCCACCGGGGAUGUUAACUCGAGCGCCGCCGCCAUUGCAGCCUUGGAGGAUGCUCGCAGCAUGCUCGCUGACACAGACAAGGUGCACUUAGUGCCCGCCGGGACGGCCGAACACUCCCCGAGCCUGCUUGCGGUUCUCGCUCUGGCUGUUUUCGCAGAGCGCCUGUUGAAUAUGCUGGUUGAGCAAUAACCUCACACCACAUGGGCUUCACUCCAGGAGAAUCAAUCCCUCUCUGCCAUGUCAUAGGUCCAUUCCUCAAUUAUUUGUUUAUGGCUGUUGGCCCCUGAUUUCUCUGUGAAGCCAUUGGCAGCUGAGGAAAUCCGGCCUUCUUGGAAUGGCCAGGCUAGGGAAGCAUGGUCUGUGUCCCUUUGGAAUGAUGAUAAUUAUGAGCUUGGAGUGGCCCCAGCUGGAAACACUGUGAAGACACCAGUGUACUCUGGCUCGGUUCUGUGUCAGUGUAAUGAGCUGAAAUAUAGGAGGAUAGAUAGCAUUUGCAAAGAACAGCUGAAAGGUUUGGAAUAGAAAACAUCUGUUUAGUUGGAAGCUGUGUAGUAUCAUACAGCUGCUCAUUUCCUUUCAGGGCAAGGAGAUAAAGUCAGCACCCACUCCUGCUAAAUUAAAUUUGUUUGUUUUUUUUACCCCCCAGGUCAUUCACUUUUUUGUACGGAGCUAUAGUUCUCACUGUAAUCACUGCAGUGUCUCUGAACAACAGAGUAAUUAAUAUAUUAUAAAGGAUAAACUUUGUACUUUCAUUACAAGGGAAAAAUGUGCCAAAUAGCAGGAGUUUCAUAUGCUGUACAUGCAUGUGUGUAUUUUCACUGAACGAACUUCCGCAUGUUGCUCAUGUGCUUGUGAAUGUUUGAAGACUUCACUCAUGGAGACCUCUGUGUGAAUUGCGAAUGUAGAUGUACAGAAGAUGUACAGAAGAACGACCAGUGCCCUCCCUUUUGGAACUGGAGCUGGGAUUUGCUACGAUCGUCUGUUGUGUAUUUGAGCAUAUGGCUGCAGCCACGGUCAGAAUGCCGAUUCGCUUAUAAGGUGUACUUUGAUGGAUACUGUCAAGUUGAAUUUCAAAAACUAAAAUAUUUCAAAGCUGUCAGCAGCCAAUGGAGAUGCACAAACAUAAGAAACAGUAAUAGAUGUAACAAACUUUCAGCUUUCAAAGCAUUUCAGCUUUGCAUGUCCACCCAUUUUCUAGGGCUGACUUGAGGAAUAAAAUGACAAAUCAUGUGAG